CGCUUCGGCUGCUCAUUGGUUGAGCUUCCCAAUGUGUCUGAUUGGUCAAAGUAUGCGCCCCGGCUCCAGUCUCGCCUUCCAGUCGACGACAGAGAAUCUACCUACCCUCACCGCAGGUACGUACCGGUUCAUCGGGGAGGAAGGCUGGGGACCUGGCUGAUUCAGACGUCAAACAUUGGCGUUUUGUUGGUUGUCAAAGAAUCAACUGCAACUUGAGCAACGAUCCAGCGAUUCACUUUUACCAAAUCAACUUCAAUCAUCACAUCAAUCGUUUAACUAAGGAGGCUUUGACGGUCCCAUUCUCUCCCACUCUUUCCACUGCUGAAGAGUUCACACAAUCGACGGAUACGGAAACGCCAGGCCUCUCUCAGUCUCUUCGACCUCAUAAUAUCAAGUUUGACACAUCCCCCUGAACGGCCAACUACACCAUAUCACUGUGUCGCGCCAUUUUGACUUGGCAUAUCGAUCCUACGCAUUUGAAAACAACUCGUAGAGAAGUUGGCCAUUGAACUCAUAGCCAGCGGAGUCGCGUCGCUGCGAUGGCAAACUCGAAGGCGGCGACUUCUGACUCUGCGGAAGCACUGCAUGGACUUAUAAACGAUGUGCUGAUCCAAACAGGCAAGGCACUGAAGUCUCUUAGCAAAGAUGGCAGGCAUCAAUUCCAGGCCCAGGUCUCUUUGCAAACAAAGAUGCCAGAGAUCAUCGAGAGCUUCCACUGGAAACUGGAUGAUUUGGAGAGCGAGAUAAUACGGGCCAAGGCUGCGCUACAAAGAGAUUUGGAUCGUUUCCAGCAAGCAAGACAACCGGUGGAGCAGCCUGCGCCAGUCGAGGCGCAGACCAAAUCACCCAUGGCUAUCGACCUCGACUCUUCAUCUCGGGAGCCAACGCCUCCUGAGAAUGAGCCCAAGAUCACGGAGGCUACGGGUCCGCAUAGGGUUCCCGCAGAACCGAGCACAGCACCAUCAAUGGCUCCGUUCCCUGACAUGGGCGUCAGCUUCCAGCCAGCGCCCGAACCCAGUCCCCAAGUGAAGCAGGAGAUGACACCUGCACCACCUGCUGCACCACCGGCUAUGAUGGCCCCCAUGGGCGAGAUCAAGCAGGAGUUAAAGACCGAGCCGCCAAGUUCGCAACCUCAACCUUCAGGUGCCCCAGAGGCGCCCAUGGAUGACUUGUUUGGUCUUGGUGACGACUCUGGAGGCGGUACUGAAGGCAACAACCCAGAGUUCCAUUUCACGGAUAUGACCUUCAGUUUGGCGCCACCCAACAACGAGGCACCAGACCAAGCCCAGGUACAGGAUGCGGCCAUGGACAUGUCAUUCGGCUCCGGCGACAUAGGCGGCGACCUCUUGUCGCUCGACAAUCUCCUCCCUCCAGAUAACGCUACAAAACAAGAGACUGGUGCAGCCCCGCCAGCCUCGGCAGGAGCAACAGCGUCGGCAGCCAACCAAGAGAAGCCAGUAGAAGCCAAGAUGGAGAAGCAGGAGUCCACGAACCUCGACGAUCUGUUCAACCUCGAUGGGAACACAAGCAUGGAGAACAUGGACCUCGAUAUGAAUAUGGGUGGCGACGGGGGCGAUGGUAACAGCUUCGAUGACAUGUUUUUUGGAGACAUGACAGAAAUGGAGCACGGCAAGUUUGACGAUGCCUUUUUUGGGAUUCAGUAAAUUCGGGUUACCUCCGAGUUGUUUGUGCCGGC